AUGGGAUGCAGGUUAUCUCUGCGCAUUAGCUUAUCUUAUACUUUGAACGCUGUGCAACUGGAGGGAUUUGCUGGCCAGAAACCUGAAACCAAGUUUCACCUUGUUAUGAAUGGUCCAGAAAUAACGGAAGCAACUAUUGCUAAUUGGCAGCUAGAAUAUCGGAACAUGUUGUCUCCUUCACUUCGUUUCAUCUCGAUGCAGAGCAUCUAUCUUUCAGUGUUCCACUCCCUGAUCAAUGGUAAAAAUUCUGUAGAAUCAGAGGGGUUCGGUAAACAAUCGGUGGAUUUAUUGCUGGACAGCGUUUUGCUUUUGACACAAAAGCUUCGUCGGGCCAAGUGGAUAAUGGUAGAGCAUGCCCUGCAUUUGAAGGAUCGCCUUCCGGUUGAUAGGACUAGGAACUGUGUAUGCAAAAUAAAAUGUAACGACUGUACGAAGGUCUAUAUAGGUCAGACAGCCAGGGAAUUGCACACCAGAAUCGGUGAGCAUAAGCGUUCCAUUAAGAGACCACCGAGAAACGUAGAUUAUUAUCAGGCAACAGUCAAAGAUUCGACAGUGGCAAAGCAUGCACUAGACACCGAGCAAAGGAUAGAUUUGGAAAAUGUUUACACUCUGAGACGGAAUUCGAGAUUCACAACACAGCUACUGGUGACCGAGGCGGUCGAAAUCGCCAAGCAUCUCAGCGUAAAUAGAAUAGAGGGCAAACGUGUGGAGAUCGGUUUCAAAUCAGCCGAGAUCACGCGAGGCGGUGUGCAGUUAUUAGAGAAAUGGUGUGGGUCUAAAAGUACAAAAUCCAAGUAG